GUAUCCUUGAAGAUCGUUUGAUUGCGCACUGUAAAAGUCAACAAAGUGGAUGAUGAGUCAAUCUUCUGAUUCACUUCCAUGUCCCCAUUCCUUUGUGAUGGUAGGGCUUGCUUCAUAUGCCUCAAAGCUGACUCGGAAUAUCUGUUCAUGUCAUGGCGUUGGGCUCACGCGCCGUGUACUUCAGAAACAGUAUGUCCGAACAAACUAAUCAUCUUCAUCUGAUGACUUCCUUCGAACACUCAGAUCAAUUCCUCGGGUGCUGUCCGACUGAGCAGGACGCUUAACAAUGGUGUAUCUCAAACAGCCAGGCAUCAACAUCGCGCCAAGUUUCGCUUCUGAUGGAGAGAAGAACGCAGCCGUUGCGACAGUACCGCCAAGAUUCAGAGGUACACAUACGGAUAAAAAGGAUAUGGCUAUGCUCGGGAGACCACAAGAGCUGCGACGCAACUUCAGAUUCGUGACGAUGCUAGGGUUUGCUAGCACUGUCAUGUCAUCAUGGGAACUGAUGCUUCCACUCUGGAGCUUUGUCUUGAUCGAUGGAGGGACGCCUAUCCUCUUCUGGGGGUUCAUCGUGGUGGCAAUCAUAAUGCUUUUGGUAUACGCCAGUAUCGCGGAACUUGCUUCGAUGUCGCCCACAAGUGGCGGACAGUACCAUUGGGUGUCGGAAUUCGCGCCGCUAAGCGUGAGAAAGCCCCUCAGCUAUAUGACAGGCUGGUUGUGUGCCACAGGAUGGCAAGUCUAUCUCGCAGGAGUCUGUUACAUGAUCGCAAGAAUCAUGCAAGGUCUGGCUAUUUUGAACGUCGAGAGCUAUGAGCCUAGACCUUGGCAUGUGACCUUGAUCACAAUUGCGGUCAUGAUUCUUGCGAUCAUGUUCAACACUGUUCUGGCUCAGCAACUUCCAGCUCUUGAAGGGGUAGCUUUGCUUUUACAUAUGCUUGGCUUCUUCGCCGUUAUCAUACCUCUUUGGGUCAUGGGACCUCGUCGCAAUCCGUACGAUGCCCUCAUGAAUGUCACGAACAACGGAGGAUGGCCAUCAACAGGUAUUUCGGCAAUGAUCGGCAUGUCUGCAAGCCCCUUGUCGGUCUUGAUUGGAUUUGAGUGCUCUGUACACAUGGCCGAAGAAACUCAAGAUGCGUCCAUAACAUUACCUCGCGCCAUAAUGUGGUCUGUUGGACCUAAUGCUCUGCUGGCAUUCAUCAUGGGCAUAACUCUGAGCUUCACGCUCGGAGAUCCUGAAAUGAUCGCUGCUUCGCCGACAAACGAGCCGUUCAUCCAGAUUUUCUUCAACGCCACGAAUAGCUAUGGUGCUACCAAUGUCAUGUGUGCGAUUGUCAUCAUCGUGCUCAUGUGCAACUGUAUCAGCGAAGUUGCUACAGCUUCGAGGCAGAUAUGGGCCUUCGCUCGCGACCACGGUUUACCAGGCUCCAGAUGGCUAUCGAAGGUGACUCCAGGUUGGAACAUUCCCAUCCGUUCGGUGAGUGUGUCUUUGGUAGUGACCUCUCUAAUCGCAUGUAUCAACUUGGGCAGCUCCGCAGCAUUGAACGCUAUCAAUUCACUUGGAGGAGUCGCGAUUCUGACAUCGUAUAUCAUUGCCAUCGGUGCUUUGAUUUGGAGACGGCUCUAUGGCGCUCCACUACCGCGUCGACGCUGGUCUCUAGGACGUUCAGGCUUGUGGAUUAACAUCACCGCGGUAGUUUGUCUACUACCGGUAUGGUUCUUCAUGUUUUGGCCCCUGGCCCAACCGGUCACCGCCCCUGAUAUGAACUGGGCAUCAACGAUGUUCUGUGGGGUUUUGUUGGUUGCUGGGAUAUACUACGUCGUCAAGGGCAAACACGAGUACAUUGAGCCGGUACUGCUGAUCAAAAGAGACGAGUGAGAUAUCUUCAUAUUGGCAACGCUCGGAGGAUAGGGUUCGUAUCUUGAGCAAGAAUAUCUGAGAAACCAGUUUCAUCGGUCGAUCGAGCCAGUAACCAUAAUUGAUUGCUCUUGAAUGAUUCAUCAUAUGUACCAAACUCCUCAAAGCUUCGCAGAGUGAUAUGAUGGAAGGUUUGGUGUGUUUAUCGACCCGAUGACGAUCAGCAGGCUGAGCCUGGUAUGGUGAAAC